AUGCAAGCUCCAUUGACAAUAGCAUAUCGUAUUCCUGACACUCGGCCCAUGUGGAACGACGAUUCUGAAUCUAUUUGGUCACGAUUGGGACGAUUUAUGUCCGCCAUACUAAAAUGGCACGUUAAAGGUUAUCACGAGAACCGCACUCUAAUUGUUUUUAGGGUAAUUUCGAUUAUUCUUUUCCUUGCUCUAUCGAUAAUUGAUACUGUGGCAUAUGCGGUACCAUCGAACCCACCCCCAGUCGCAUUUCAAUUUGUGUGGGGAGCAAAAUAUCCACUUUAUGAUAUUGCAUCAAUUAUUUACUGUUCAGGAGCAUCUGUUUUUGGCGUAUCAUUUGAAAUCUAUCUGUUCCUGUCAUUAGCUGUUACCAAUGUUAUCUUGCAGUCAAAAAAUUGUGGCGACAUACAGCUUACUGUUAUUUUUCUGGUUAGAGUUAUUUGCUUAGGUGUUGCUGUUGAACUCGGUUAUUGGAACUUUCGACGUCUUUCGAAUGAUUAUGAGCCUCGCGCAAAAUCUUCGCGGGUUAUGUUACGCCAGUCUCUUCUCUUUUCUUUGAGCAUAAUUUUCUUCGCGGCAAAGGGCCUACGAACAGUAUAUGAUGGUGCUCUCAAUAAAUGUGAAUUUCAACACUUCACUUGUGGUCUGAUCGAUCUCGACUCUCCAGCAUUUGAUCCACAUUCACCUUGUGACCCCUCAUAUGUUGAAUAUGUCUCUAGUGGAGAAGAACUACGCAUCUUACGUGAUUGGCUAAUGCUCAAUAUCGCCUUCUACGCUAUAUUCAAUCGUGCUCUUCUUGAUUUUGGUGCUCUGACACGUGCGCGUAGAUGGUGGUUUCUGACUAGAUUAAUCAUUCUCAGUCUUUUUCUUGCACUGACAACAUCAUUUCUGGUCGUUAAUAUUUCUCCGUUUCAACAAAACAAGACAUCAAUUGUGUUUGACGUCAUAGAAUGCGCUCUUUUCGUAUGUUGUUUGUUAUUAAUGAUCUAUAAGUUAAUUCGUACAAGAUCUGGAAUAACAUUAGUAGAACCUAAAGAACCCUUUGAAACAGAUCCUAAUAUUUUACCAAGACAUUAG